CCAGUCUGGCAGCGUGAGUUGGCAGUGUAGAGAGCUGGCUGUGCCAUUAUUCCAUCAGUCUACUUUUGUAAACACACAAUGAGCAGAUCUGAAUGCCAAACAUGGGGAACUCUGUGUGCAGUUGUAAACGUUGCUGUCCGUGUUGUCCACCAAAGCCAUCGCUAAACCGCAACAGGGUCUGCAAGUCAAUCCACGACUAUCUCUCCCGCACGGAACAGGACCUUAAUCUGAAGAAAGGAGAUAUUCUGGAGGUACUAGUAGAGACUGAGUACUGGUUAUAUGUCAGGAGACACCCAGCAAAAGGUGAAAGGUCCCAAACCUUUGCUGAAGAACAGGGUUUUGUGCCUAAAGACUUCGUCAAACCUCAGGAUAGCAUAGAGGCUGAGUCAUGGUAUUUUGAGAAUGUUAAAACCCGUAUUGAAGCCAAGAGAUAUCUGCUGAGAACUGAGAACAACGAGGGUGCAUUCCUCAUUUGGAAGUGUGAAGAAAAUAACCACUAUUACCUAUCAGUGAGAAAUGGCCCUCAUGCGAGACAUUACAAGAUUAAGCAGACAGAAUUCGACAAGCAGUUUUUUCUUGUUCACCAUACGACCUUCAAGACUUUAUCUGAGUUGGUACAAUUUUAUUCUGAACACGAGGCUGGACUAUGUGCAAAGCUUAAUCGUCCAUGUGUGAAGCUGGACAAGCCAUCUCUCCCUGGACUGUCGUUUAAUUCAGAAUGGGAGAUAGACAGAAGUUUACUAACCAAAAUCAAGAAACUAGGCAGUGGAGAGUUUGCAGAAGUUUGGCACGGACUCUGGAACAAGACAACGGAUGUGGCCAUCAAAGAGUUUAAAGUCAGCAGUCCAAACAUCAAAAAAGAGAUUGAAAUCAUGAAGGAACUGCGACACGAGCGUUUGUUGAAGCUCUUAGCCGUCUGUACCAUUGACAAACCCAUCUGGAUAAUCACAGAGCUCAUGAAAAAUGGCAGUUUAAAGAAAUUUCUCAUCAGCCAUAAAGAGAAACAAGAUCUAGAGUUUUCACUGAUGAUGGAUUUUGCUGUCCAGAUUACAGAAGGAAUGAUUUACCUUGAAAAUAUAAUAGUUCACCGAGAUCUGAGAGCUGAUAACAUUCUACUCACCGACAUGCAAUCCUGCAAAAUUGCCGAUUUUGGGCUCGCUGAACUCAGUAUCACAGGCAACCAACCAAGUUCAUCAGAUGUUAAGGUCCCUGUGAAAUGGAUGGCCCCUGAGAUAUUUGAGAACAAUGGCUUCACAAGCAAGAGUGACGUCUGGUCUUUCGGGAUCCUCUUAACUGAAAUCGUCACAUAUGGAGAUGACCCAUACCCUGGUCAAGACAAAAUGACGUGCAUUCGAGCCAUUCAGCGAGGACAGCGGAUGGAGCGCCCGUCCGGUUGCCCUGAAGCACUCUAUGACAUUAUGCUGCUGUGCUGGAUGUCAAACCCAGAGGAGCGACCAACAUUUACUGAACUAAAGAACAAACUGAUGACUCUCAUCCAUGAGCCGGUUUCUGAACUGGAGUAGAUUUACACGUUAGAGCUUAACAUGUAUACAUUCACUAACAUAAUAGUUUGCACAUAGAGGACAUAGUAUAUAGGAAAUAUCUACUGAAAUCAUUACAUUAUAAAUGGGCAGAUAUGCACUCUACAACAUCAGGAAUAUAACACCCUUCAUCUCAGAUCAUGCUACACAACUCCUUGUUCAGUCUCUUGUCAUAUCAAGACUGGACUACUGCAAUGCUCUUUUAGCCGGCCUUCCUGCAUGCACAGUUAGGCCUCUGCAAAUGAUCCAGAAUGGUGCAGCAUGUCAAGGACCAGAGAGAGUGCAUUUUACACCCCUCCUUGCCAGGGGCGGUGCCAGGAGUGUUUUUACAGGGGUAGUUCGGGCAGGGUACCGUGAUCAAUCUGCGAAUUAGUAUAAAAGUUGCAUUAAGCCUCAAUAAUUUACUGAAAUUACAAUAUUAUAAGAACACACAGAGGGAUUGACAGACAGAAAGUGCCAUUGACCGCGGCCAACAGACACAUUUUUGUUAGCUCUGUCACAGAGACCGGUGAGAUAUAUCAGGACACUUAUUUCAGUCAAAUCAUUCAGGGAGUAGAAAUAUUUUUCACAUAGCUUUCCAUGAAAAAAAUAGCUUACAGCACCUUUAAGACUAAUCGCUUGUGUUGUAUCCUUCCUCAUUUUGUCAGCGUCUGCUGAAUGAAUUAAUGUGAAUGUAAAUAUGGGUGAAUCUCACGAAAACAUGUCCACCCCUAAUGAAAGAAUGUAAGAAAUAAUAUUUUGCACAAAGGAACAUGGUAGAGGGAGCUCUGGCUUGAGUGAUCGUGUCUACGACGGCUGGUGGUAGACCGUUUAGAUCUUCCGCAUCCCGUCCAAGGGCCAGACGUGGAGGAAAGAAGGUCCUUCCUCAGGGGAAUUUGCCAGGGAGGUGCUGUCACGAGGAGCGUGAGAUCCGAGAACCAAGACCAAGUGGGCCAGUAGGGGGCCACGAGAAUGACUUGUAAAUAUGGGUGAAUCUCACAAAAACAUGUCCACCCCUAAUGAAAGAAAGUAAGAAGAUAUAUUUAGGACAAAGGAACAUUCACAUUUCUAGCAUUAUUUUUGUGACAAUUAAACACAUUUCUUCACCCAAAUUCGAACGUGUUUGGAUGUUUAACUUUUAGCAAUUACCAUCAUUUUCAGUCAUGUUUCAUAUUAUAUUCUAAUUAUUGUUGUACAAUAUUUUUACUGUAUAACAUUAUUACACAUUUAAAUAAUGAUAUAUUAUUAUAAUUAAUAUAUACAGUAUAUAUUGAUUUAAAUAUAUAUAUAUAUUGUCACGAUUCACUGUUGUCUGGCCUGUGUUUCUCCCCUGUCAUCUGUUCCCGGACUACACUUCCCAUAAUUCCCUGCUCUCAUCUCUGCCAGCUGUCCUACAUUGUCCUCACCUGUGUUUCAUUUAGUCAUUAUUCUUUGUGUAUUUAAGCCCUGCUGUUUGAUCAUUCAUGGUCAGUUGUUGUAUGUGUUUGACCCCGGAGGCGG